AUGCCUCGUCGCAAUUAUUCACACAAUUCACACAAUCAUCAAAAUAGCAAUAAUUAUCAAAAACAUGAAGCGAAAAAAUCAAGUUCAGAAGGUUCUUCUUCACUAAUUGCGAGUAGGCUGCCAAGGGAAAUUCCUGGAUAUUAUUAUGAUGAAGAACGUGACAAAUAUUUUAAAAUAUCUCCGAAUAGCAACUUUGGUAGCAGUCAUCUACAUAGCUCAGAAUCAAUCUCAAAAAGGAAGAAAGAGCUAGAACAGGAAAAAAAGAAAAACGAUAUAAAAAGGCUACGACAUCAUCACGUACCUCAAAAUACAAUAACCUAUCUUUUGGAACGUGAAUUGAAACCAAUGAAAUCAAAUUUUAGAAAAGGUCAAGAAGCUAUGGUCAAUUCAUUAAAAUCUAUUAGUACAAUUCAAGGAACAUCAUCUCAAAAUCAUGAUAUAACGGAUUUUCAGAUUCAUAAAUAUAAAAAUACCAUAUAUUUAGGAAAUCUUGGUGGGACAGUUGGGCAGAUAAAAUUUCAAUGUUCUUCUGAGUCAUGUCAUGAACUUUCUAGAACCUAUAUUGCUAUGCUUACAUCUGAAAUAACAUCUAUCAAUUUAUUUGAUAAAAACUUUUUGAUAUAUACAUCUUUAGGAAAUGAUUUAUCACCUGGAGUUCUACAUGUUGGUGGAAUAAUACCACUAAGUGACGAUGAAUCAAUAAUUGAAUUGUCACCUAAUGUCAUAUAUAAUUCGAAAUCUACUAUUUGGACAUCAACUUAUUCUGAAUUGGACAAAUCAAUCGCAUUAGGUACUUCAAAAAAAGUUGUUGUACUUCAAGGUUUAGAUAUGCCGAUUUAUCGAUUAAGUCAAUUUAAAACAGGCAGUGAUGUAUUCUCUGUGGAUUUUGAUAAAAACCGGCCUUCGAUAUUGUAUGCUGGUUGUAGAGAUGGACAGCUUCGAAUAUUUGAUAUUAGAAGUAGUUAUCGAAAAAAUUCUUUUUAUGGUGAGGGUCCGGUUAUAAAACAAUCAUCACCAAUUUGUCAUUUAAAACAGAUUGGUAGUUGGUAUAUUAUUACUGAUGGGAUGGAUGGUUCACUUUCUUUAUGGGACAUCAGAAAAGAUCAAAAUGGAAAUAACAGCAAUACUAGAAGUCCUAGUCGAUCUCCGGUGAUGGAAUUCAAGGGAAAUGUCAAUUCGAAUAAUAUGAGAAUGGGAUUUGCAGUAAAUUCAAAUGAAACAAUUGUUAGCGUUGCUGGUCAAGAUAAACGAGUUCGAUUCUAUUCAUUAUCUACUGGUAAUGCUAUCAGAUCGCCAAUUGGCCCAUUUGAAGAUAAAGUGAACGCUAUACGAUUUUGUGAUUAUUACCAAAAUAUAUAUUUGUCAGGUUUUGCUGGUUCUGACGAGGAUGAUGUUAAUGAUAAGAGUGGCGAAAGAGGUGAAGGUGUAUGGAUAGCUGUUAAUAAUAAGCUUCAUUGGUGGAGUGUUUCUUGA